AAUACACAUGUAGGAAACUGUGAUUCAGUGUCAGGCUGCACUUUGGCACGGCAGCAACUGUAGCACUGGUGUGCAAAUAAGCAGGUGAUAUAAUGCAGCCAGAACACAAAGUAAUACAUUAGACGUAGCAUGAAGCCAAUGAGGUAACUACUGAGGAAGUAUUAAAAGACACUGACUAUUUGACAUAACUUUAAAAGAAUCACCUUGAGAAAAAGAUAUUUGUGUUGUGCCAUGUGUCCACUUCAACGUCUAUAUUUAGUUGUUGUCAUGUGUCGUGCAGCAUGUCAGCUGGGAUCCUGCAGCAGGACACGCCUCUGGGCUGAAUGGAGCGUGCGCCGUGCGUAAAGUCCGACCUGCAGCGGAUCCAAACUGUUUUCAAACCUAAUUUCACGGUUUUUAAUAAGUAGCCUAUCGACAUUAUAUAUAUAUAUUAAAUUAAAUGCAGCGAUGACGUCAGAGGAAGAUCUCAUUCGGAUUGCAAAAAAACUGGACAAAAUGGUGUCUCGAAAUAACACGGAGGGCGCCCUGGACCUGCUGAGGGAACUGAAAAGUUUUAAUAUCACACUCAAACUUCUCCAGGAAACGAGGAUCGGCAUGUCUGUGAACGGCAUCAGGAAGCACUGCACAGACGAGGAAGUCAUUGCCUUGGCUAAGGUCCUCAUUAAAGACUGGAAAAGACUUCUGGACUCUGAGAAAUCGUCUGAAAUGAAGAACGGAUUGGACUCCAGCCAAACGGCAGUGUCUCCAAGCAGCUCCCCCUCUGAGACACAGAGCAGUCACAGGAGACUGGAUGUCAAACCGAAACACGACUCGGAUCCAGACAAAACCCCCCCCGAUAAAAACCGAAGAGAAAAACACAACGACGAACACAAAAACAAAAAGAGACUCGCAGAAGACACCAGGGAUGAAAAGCACCUGGAGGAGCCCAAAAAUGAGAAACAUCACCAAGAAAUCAGAAAAGAGAAGCAUUUAGAAGAACCCCAAAAACGAAAACACGCAGAGGAUGCCCCGCUGCAAGUAGAUAACAAUAAACAGAAGCAUGCGCAAGACCUGCCGAGUGAGAAGCACAAGCCGGAAACAAGGAAAGAAAGAGCCGAACCAAAGAAGAUGAGACACGUGGAAGAAGUCAAAAAGGAAAAACACUCAGAGAAGCACAGCUACGCAGAUGACAUGAAGAAGGACAGACACAGAGAAGAAAGCAGACACGAGCUGCAGAGAGCGCAGGGUGAACCCCUGAGAAAGAAACCCGCUUUUCACAAACCACUGUUUGAAAGGAGAGGAGUGAUGGACGGCACGGUUCUGUAUCCCACCCGGUUCCCCUCUCCCCCUCGACCUGCUCGGCCUCCCCUCCCCAAACGCCCCUCUGUGGACCUGAAAAAAGACCGGAAGGACGUUAAAGACUCUUCCUCCCGACAACCUCGCCCUCACACUCCUCGACCCGCCUCCCCGCCGGCUAAGCGACCUUCCCUGGAAAUAAAGAAAGAGAGGAAAUUUCCUCUGGACCCAAAUGCGCCAUUUGCUCCUCUUCCUCUUCACCUUCAUCCUCCUCCACCCAGAAAAGAGCCUCCUGACCCCAACGCUCCUCUUCCUCCACUUCCAUUUCACCUUCACCCCCUGCCUGCUCCCCCAAAGCGUCCCUCACUGGAUGUGAAAAAGGAGAGCAGGAAGGAGUCGUCAGACUCUAAACCUCCUCCACAGAAGAAGACGUCCGAUCCCGUGAAGAAAGAGAGGAAAGACUCAUCGGAUAGCAAAGUGCCCAUUAAACACUCCGAUGAAGCCAAGAGAGAAAGGAAAGAUUCAUCUGACUCAAAACCGCCGCCUCCCAAAAAGCCCAGUUUGGAUGUCAAAAAAGAAAAACAAAGGAAAGACUCCUGUGACUCGAAGCCUGGCCAGCUUGCCAAGCAUCUGUCAACUGACUCCAAACCUGACAGGCGGGAAUCCAUUGAUUCAAAGAAAAGCAGCUCCCCACCAGCAAAGAAGCUAACAGUUGAAAGAAGAGAGUCUCACGGCUCCAAGACUUCUCAGCCUGGACCUCCACAGAGGAAGCCCUCUACUGACAGCAUUGAAAGCAGGAAGGGAAAAAUCGAUACCCCUAAAACUCCCACCACCCCGACCAGCCCCGUGUCUCCUGGCUUCAGUUCUCCUGGAGGUCCACUGUCCCCUCGCUUCGCCACUGGGGACUCCAUCAGAGACAAGUGCAUUGGGAUGUUGGCAGCUGCCCUGCGCACAGACAACAACUACAAGGAUUAUGCAACUAACUGUGACAGCAUGGCUGCAGAGAUUGAAGAUCAUAUCUACCAGGAUUCAAAGGCCACUGAUAUGAAAUAUAAAAACAGAGUCCGCAGCCGCAUCAGCAACCUGAAGGACCCGAAGAACCCUGGGCUUCGCAGGAACGUCCUCGCAGGAAACAUUGACCUGAGCCGCAUUGCCAGCAUGUCUGCUGAGGAGAUGGCCAGCGACGAGCUGAAACAGCUUAGGAACGUUCUCACACAGGAGGCCAUCAGGGAGCACCAAAUGGCCAAAACUGGUGGCACCUCCACCGACCUGCUGCAGUGCGACAAGUGCAACAAGAGGAACUGCACCUACAACCAGGUGCAGACACGCAGUGCUGAUGAGCCAAUGACCACAUUUGUUCUGUGUAAUGAGUGUGGUUACCGCUGGAAGUUCUGCUGAUGGCUUCCAGAGGAAACCAUGUUUUUUUCUGAGCAUAUUGAACUUCGUUAUUUUCUAUAAAGGAGGAGGGGG